AUGACCAUGCUAUCUGAUCCGUUCCGAGUUAUCGACGACCAUGCGUCCACCAUCACACCACCUGUACCACGCCCACAGAAACCUGUCCGGUUGAGACUCGCUUGUGAUGCCUGCACCGCGGCCAAGGUUAGGUGUAGCAAGACUCACCCGUGUGAGCGGUGCAUAGACAAUGGGCAGGAGUGCUUUUACAGCGCUUCUCGACGACAUGGUAAGAGGUCUCGACAUAGAAAGGCCGAGUCUGAUGCUCAACGUUCUUCUUCGAGCGAGGUGCCGACGCCUGGGGCUAUUCCAGUGCCAAACGGGAUCAAAGGCAUGUCUUACGGCUCUGAGUUCUCCUGGGAAGAGAGGGAAACUAGCCCGCAGUUGUCGAGUUACCAAGCAUCCACUCUAGGCAAUGGUAUCGGAAAACUCGACAACUGGGCAUUCCACGACAUUGACAUGAUGUUCGACUUUGACGACACGUCCUAUAUAUCCCUGAACGAGCCAUGGAAAACAACACCCGGAUCCCUCACGAGCCAACAAACCCUCAGCGAAACAAUCACCCCUCCCGAGCAAGAGACAACACCUGCAGAGCAACCAACCAAUGCUACCUCAACGCCGCCGAUCGAGCCCCACGAUCCCAAACAAGCACACGACUGCGAGGCUCUAGCUCUUGGCGUUCUCCGCUCACUGCAUCACCACAACGCAGAUGGCAUCUGCAAGGGACCUGCAGCCAACGGCAUGAACCUCGCCAAGCCGAUGCCAAGCAUCGACACGGUCCUGUUCGCCAACAAGGCUGCCCUGACCAAUCUGAUCCCCCUGCUCAAGUGCCCCUGUGCGAGAAACCCGCAUAUUGCUCUUUUGCACAGCACCAUUCUUUCCAAAACCAUCUUUUGGUACCGCGUUGCCGUUACUGCGCGGUAUCAUGCCGAGGGAGCGGAAUUGCGGCCGAUGAAGAUACAGCUGGGGAUGCUGGAUCUUGAUGAUGAUGAUCAGGCCACGCUGCAGCGAGCUGUUCUUCUUAGAGAGCUGCGCAAGGCGGAGAAAGUCAUGGAGACGUUUGACGAGUGUUCUGCGAGUGGGGAUGAGGUGCCAGAGUGGCAUACUACGGCGAUUCAGAACAUGAAGGAGGAGCUUCAGGCGAUUAUUCAGAAGAUCAAGAAGGGUCAAGGAGAAUGGGCGUAA